AUGGCGGUGUACUCACUGGCGACUUGUGAGGCAUUGAAAGUGACGGGCGUGCGCGCGAGCGGCGUCCUAAGGGAACCGCCUCGCGCGCCGCCCGCCCCCGCUCCGCCCGCCACGCUCGUCCCGCCCGCCCCGCCUGAUACGCUAGUUGACUGGAACAAUUCAGUAAAUUCAAGAUUCCGUAUUCGUGUUAUAGUGAAAUGGACUUACAAUGGGCAGUGGGGUGGGCCACUUUUAUUUUGUUUCGUUUUUAAUGGUCGCUAA